UUUGGCGGCAGAAUCAUGUUGGACAUGAUGGAACUCCCCAAAGCGCGCGUCAACGCCAGCAUGUUAACACAGUGUAUCGACCGACCCAUGUGCUUCGUGGGGAAGCUGGAAAAGAUUCAUCCCACUGGAAAAAUGUUUAUUCUUUCAGAUGGAGAAGGAAAAAAUGGAACCAUUGAGUUGAUGGAGCCACUGGAUGAAGAAAUCUCUGGAAUCGUAGAAGUAGUAGGGAAAGUCACAGCCAAGGCAACCAUACCAUGUGCAUCUUAUAUCCUGUUUAAGGAAGAUUGUAAUCGCUUUGAUCUUGAACUUUACAAUGAAGCUGUGAAAAUUAUCAAUGAGUUUCCUCAGUUUUUUCCUUUAGGGCUUACACAACAUGAAUGACCUUCUUGAAUUUCUUUUUAUUUUUUUUUCUUUUCUUUUUUUUCAG